CCUAAAUUCUGCUUUCUUAAAGCCUCCCAGCCCAUCCUAUACUAUCUUCAGUGACCUCAACUUGACCAUUUGUCAACUGUUUUCACAAUGGCAGCGAUUCGCAACGUUGCAAUUGCCGGUGCCUCCGGCAGCCUCGGCACCCCAGUGCUCAACGCACUCCUCGAGUCCAACAAGUUCAACAUCACCGUGCUGACCAGACACACGUCCAAAGCCUCAUUCCCCGCCUCAGUCCGGGUCAUCCAAGUCGACUACGACUCCGUCGCAGAACUCACGACCGCCCUAACCGGCCAAGACGCCGUAGUCUCAACCGUAACCACGGCGGCGGUGAAAACCCAAAACCCACUCAUUUCCGCCGCCGUCGCAGCAGGUGUAAAGCGCUUCAUCCCCUCCGAGUUCAGCUGCAACGUCGACAACCCCAAGGCCUCCACACUCCCCGUCUACCAAUCACGGCUGGCCAUCCACAAGGCCCUCCAACAAAAGGCCGCCCAAAACCCGAACUUCACAUACACUUUAAUCCGCCACGGCCCCUUCCUCGACUGGGGCCUGGCCCUGGGCUUCCUUUUCGACUUCCGGUCCGAAACACCGGCCUUCUACGACGGCGGCGAUCGCCCCUUCAGCACCACUACCCUAGCGACGAUUGGAAAGGCGGUGGUGGGUGUUCUGACGCAUCUCGAGGAGACGAAGAAUCGGCCCGUCUUCGUGCACGACUUGGUUACCACGCAACGGAAGAUCUUUGCGAUCUUUCAGAGGUUGGUGCCCGGGAAGAAGUGGGAGCCGGUGAACGUUAGCACGGCGGAGUUGGAGGCUAGGUCCCGGCCGGAGUGGGAAAGGGGGAAUGAGGAUAUGGGGGUUAUGGUGGGAUUUCUGGUUCGGGCGAUCUUUGCGGAAGGGUACGGUGGAGAACUGGAGAAUGUGGAUAAUGAGCUUUUGGGGUUGGGAAUGAGGACGGAGGCUGAUCUGGAGGAGCUGGUGAAGGGCGUUGUUAUAGGUGAGGGUUUAAAAUGAGGUUGGUUUCGUAGAGUAGAUUUUCGCGCGCCAGUUUGAUGUUCUGAAUGUCCUAUGCUCUUGCGAGUUUGUUGAGUUAGGUAGGAUUACAGUAUACUCUGACGCUCUUUAUUCCAUGUUCUACUUUUCCUAUUUUGCAACAAUUCAUGCUAGUGUUCAAUUUUGCUUAUUAUGAAUAUCCAGUAGAAGGCCCAGCUAUCUUAUCGUCAUCCAUAUACACA